AGCGAGGCUUUCCACGAUAUGCCGAAGCUAGAACAACUGUACCUGCAUUACAAUUACAUUGAGGAUGUCAGCGCGGAAACGUUCAGCAACCUACCGUCCAUCGAGCGCCUGUUCCUGCACAACAACAAGCUGCAGCGGAUACCCUACGGCGCAUUCAGCAACCUGACCUCCCUGAAGCGACUACGGCUAGACAGCAACGCUCUGAUCUGCGACUGCCGCAUGCUGUGGCUGGCGCACAUGCUGAAGGAGCACGCGUCGCGGUCGGUAGCCAGUGCCACCUGUCAGGAGCCGGCCGAACUAAACGGCCGCAGUAUAGCCGACAUCGAGGAUCAAAUGCUGCGGUGCUCGGCGCCCCAGCUCACAGAGCAGCCACGCAACGUAGUCAUCACGUUCGGCAAGACAGCUUACUUCCACUGCGAGGCGGAUGGCGAGCCGCAGCCCGACAUCGUCUGGCUGCACAACAGGAACGAGCUCGACCCGGAGAAUAUGGAGGCCGGCUACCAGAUCCUGGAGGAUGGCACGCUGAUGGUGGAGCCGUCCAGCGACCCGGACGCCGUGUUUGAGUGCAUGGCCAAAAACCAAAUGGGGCAGGUGAAGUCGCGGCCGGUGACGGUGCGUUACGUGCCCUCCUCGCCGCAGCAGGACGACGGGAUGCCGCACCCGGGAGCGCCCGAGGAGGCGCCGCUCCCACCACCCCCGCCGCCCGCCGUCCCCAGGAGUCGCGAGGAGGAGCUCGCCAAGGAGGAGGAGGAGGAGCGGCCGGCGCGGCGCGAGCGCCAGAGCUACUACGACCGGCGGAGCCGCGUGCUCGACAGCAGGAACCGCGAGGACAACCGACUGACGACCCAGCGGCGGCCGUUCCAGCUGCCGGGCCGCACCAGGGAGGACAACCUGGCCACACACAGUCGGCCGCGGUUUGUGCGUGCCCCGCAGGACGUGCACGUGGGCGUGGGUGACGUGGCCGAGCUGGUGUGCGUGGUCGACGGCUACCCGACGCCGGAGCUGCUCUGGCUGAGAGGCGGCAACGCCAUCACCACCCAGACGCCCCGCUACCGGCUGCGGUUCGCGGCGCGCGAAGCCAACCUGACUAUCAUCAACGUGCAGCCGCAAGACGCCGGCGAGUACCUCUGCUCGGCGUCCAACCGGCUGGGGCGCGUGUCGUCGCCGGCGCAGCUGGUGCUGCAGAGUGAGUUCACGACGGCGCCGCCGCAGGACCAGCUGAGGCCGGCCGGAGCCAACGUCGACCUGACCUGCGGCGCCGUCGGCUACCCGACGCCCGAGGUCAGCUGGCUACACAACGGUCGCCGCAUCCGGCACAGCUCGCGCGUGGCUGUGCUGGCCGGAGGCGGGGUGCUGCGAAUCUCCAACUUGCAGCACCACGACGCGGGCACGUACACGUGUGAGGCCAGGAACGAGGCGGCCGUAGCCAGGGAGGAGGCCGAACUCGAUGUCAGCGGCCAUGCGGGUCCGGUGCUGACCGAGCGACCGCCCAUGACCCUGACGGCCGCCCUCGGCGAAAGUAUCGCACUGACGUGCCGCGCCUCCGGCUCGCCGCUGCCGGAGAUCACCUGGAGGAGGGUCGGCGGCAACCUGUUCGCCGACGGACGUCACAGUGCCACGACGGACGGAGCCUUGACCCUGAGGACCCUGACCGCCCAGGACGGCGGCAUUUACGAGUGCAACGUCGACAACGGCGUGGGCCACGCUGUGGCUACCACACACCUGGCCAUCGCCGCUGCCCAGACGUCGUCCGCCCGUCCCGGAGACCAGUUCGUCAGCCAGAGCGCGGCAGAAGCGACGCGUGAUGUCGAGAUCGCGCUGAACCGCACCCUGCGCCAGCUGUUCUCACAGCCGCGCCACCAUCGCCGCACGCCGCACGAGCUGCUGCAGAUCUUCAGGUUCCCCACGGACGAGGCGCUGGACCAAGCGCGCGCUGGCGAGAUCUUCGAGCGCGCCCUGGAGCUGGUCAAACGGCUGGUGGAGUCCGGAUCCCGCUUCAACCUCACGACAUACUCUUACUCGGACCUGCUGUCGCCGGGCCAGAUGGAGCGGCUGCGCGACCUCUCCGGCUGCUCGUCCCACCGGCGCCGCCUCAACUGCAGCAACAUCUGCUUCCACAGCCGCUACCGCAGCGCCGACGGCACCUGCAACAACCUGCAGCAGCCUCUGUGGGGCGCCUCGCUGGUCGGCUUCCGCCGCCUGCUGCCCGCCCAGUAUGAAAACGGCUUCAAUACGCCCCGAGGAGCCGACCGAUCCUCCCGAUACAACGGCUUCCUGCUGCCGAACCCACGCCUGGUCAGCUCGCGGCUGGCCGCCACCGACGUCAUCACCGAGGACACCGAGUUCAGCGCCAUGCUGAUGCAGUGGGGGCAGUUCGUGGACCACGAUAUGGACCACGCGCUGCCCGCCUUCAGCGAGGUCAGCUUUGAUGGCCAGCACGAGUGCGACAGCACGUGCCAGAAUGUGGCGCCGUGCUUCAACAUCGCCAUCCCGCCGGGGGACCGGCGCCAGGGCCAUCACCGCUGCAUGCGGCUGGUGCGCAGCUCGGCGGCCUGCGGCUCCGGCUCCACCUCCGUCUUCGGCCACCAGCUGAUGCCGCGCGAGCAGAUCAACGGCCUCUCCAGCUUCAUCGACGGCAGCAUGAUAUACGGCAACACGGAGACGCAGGCGCACCACCUGCGAAACCUGAGCUACCCGUCGGGUCGGCUGAGGAACGGCAUCUUCUCUCGCCCGCACCGGCCGUUCAUGCCCUUCAACGACGGCGUGCCGGUGGACUGCCAGCGCGACCAGGCGGACCGCAGCGACAUCGGCUGCUUCAUGGCGGGAGACGUGCGCGCCAACGAGCAGCUGGGCCUGUCGGCCAUGCACACGGUCUGGCUGCGCGAGCAUAACCGCGUGGCGGACGAGCUGGCGCGCCUCAGCCCGCAUUGGCACGGCGAGGAGCUGUACCAGGAGGCACGCCGCGUGGUGGGCGCCCAGAUCCAGCACAUCACCUACCGACACUGGCUGCCGCUGGUGCUCGGCCCGGACGGCAUGCGCCAGCUCGGUGACUACGCCGGCUACGACCCGACCGUCGAGCCGACGAUCAGCAACGCCUUCGCCACGGCCGCGUUCCGGUUCGGCCACGGCCUGGUGGGGCCGGUGCUGCACCGGCUCAACGAGACGUUCCAGCCGAUCCCGCAGGGCAAUCUGCCGUUGCACCGGGCUUUCUUCGCGCCCUGGCGGCUGGUGCAGGAGGGCGGCGUGGACCCCAUCCUGCGCGGUCUGUUCGCCAGCCCGGCCAAGGUCCACACGCCCGACCAGCUGCUGAACGCCGAGCUGACCGAGAAGCUCUUCUCGCUGCACCACCAGGUGUCGCUCGACCUGGCCGCCAUCAACAUGCAGCGCGGCCGCGACCACGGCCUGCCCGGCUACAACGCCUGGCGCCGCCACUGCGGCUUGCGCGCCGCCGCCAGCUUCGCCGACUUCGCGCGCGAAAUCCGCAGCGCGCGCGCCCGCGACGAGCUGCGCCAGCUGUACGGUCACCCGGACAACGUGGACCUCUGGAUCGGCGGCAUGCUGGAGGAGCACGCGCCCGGCGCCAAGAUGGGGCCGACGUUCGUCUGCCUGCUGGCCGACCAGUUUCGCCGGCUCCGCGACGGCGACCGGUUCUGGUACGAGGCGGCCGGCGUGUUCACGCCCGGCCAGCUGGCGCAGCUGAAGCAGACAAACCUGGCGCGCAUUCUCUGCGACAACGGCGACGCGCUGCACCAGGUGGCGCGUGAUGUGUUCCGCGUGCCCGAGCGACAGUCGCCGCGCAUCAUCGACUGCGAAAGCACGCCGCAGGUCGACCUGCGCAUGUGGGUCGACUGCAAGAGUUGCCGAGGCGAGGAUUGUUCAGCGGAGGGAGCGCGGCCGGGCCGAGCACGCCGCUCCGUGCUGCUCUCCACCCACAACCACCUGACGGACCCGGCUCCGGCUCCGGCUCCGGCUCCGGCUCCGUCUCCGGCCCCGGCCGCGGCUCCGACUUCGGUUCCGGCUCCGGCGGUGGCCGAUAUUUACCACAUGGAGGACGUGACUGAGGAGCGCAUCCAGGGCCUGGAGGAGGUGAUGGCGCGCAUGCACCGCUCGCUGGUGCGCAUGAGAAAGCAGCUGCGCCGGCUGCAGCAGAGUGAGCUGGGGCGCCGCCAGCAGAGACGGAGGCACCGGCGGCUGACGGCGCCCGGCCGGUCCAGGCCCGGCCGGGACUCUCGGUCGUAGCCGGCGCGCUGCCAGACCGGACGGGCAGUCCGACCCUGUGAUACUCUCCCGGAGCGGUCCGAGCUGGCGCCCCGGCUCGAGACGAACCCCUCACUGCCAGCUGCCGGCCGCGCCGCGCUGCCUGAACCGCGCGGCCGCCGCCAGCCGCGACUCCGCUCCCUGCCGCCAGGGGCGCUGCUUACAGUGCCGGCUCGUGCCGGUGUCAGCUGAUGCGAGCUUUCUCGCCUCACAACGCGCACGUCCGAUGGUGCACUCAGCAAGAUAUAAAUGCUUACGAUACUAAUGUAGGAUUAAUAUACUGAUUUUUUCAA